CCGUCGCACUCGGGGCAAUCAUACACAAAGAACAAGGGAGUGCGGAGGAGCCCGUCCGGAGCCCAACAUGGAGGAGGCAACACUGCUCCCGAGCAGCUCGGCGUGCGAGGAGAUCGGAGGGGAUGAGAGCUUGGCGGUGGGCGACGAGGUGAAGAGGCAGCUGCGGCUGGCCGGGCAGUUCAUCGUCCGAGGCCUGAUGCAGAAUCUGAUCCAGAUGAUCUCCGUGAUGUUCGUAGGCCACCUCGCCGAGCUGCCCCUCGCCGGCGCCUCCAUGGCCAGCUCCUUCGCCGCCGUCACCGGAUUCAGCCUGCUGAUCCGAUGCGUGGAAGGACAUAUGGUAUUUUCCGAGUCUAUGUCCAUGAAUCCAACAUUGAUGGCGACAAGGUAUCCACAAGUGUUGCGUCCGGUAUCGACGAACAAUGCAAUGUGCGAGUCGAGUCGUGAGCGUAUGACGCCAAGAAAAAGCAAUGACACGAGCAAUAUGUUUACCGAUGAUACCGACAAGGAUUUCAUCUACGUUGACAAAGGAGAGGAAAAUUGUGUGACUGAUAAGAUUGUCCCAAAGGAAGGAUUGUGUUUUCAUUCUGAAGAAGAGGCAUACAAGUUAUAUAACGCAUAUGCUAAAAAGAAAGGAUUCAGUGUGAAGUGGACACAUUGAAAAACGAGAGCAGAUGAUACCUUAUGUCCUAGGUAUUUAGUUUGCAGCAAGGAAGGAGUGAAAGGAAAACAUAGCACACAUGAGACGAGGAAAGAACGAGCUUGUAUGAGGACAUCUUGCAAAGCUCGUGUUCAGUUCCAUAUUACCCCUGCAGGUGUUUGGAUGAUUCAGAAGGUUAUCACUGAGCACAAUCAUCAUAUGAUAUCUCCGGACAAGGCACGCAUGUUAAGAUCACAACGAAAGCUUCAAGAUGUCGAUAAAGAGAUGAUCAACCACGUGAGGUCAGCAGGAAUACGACCAUCAAAAAUAUAUAAUUAUUUUGAAGAAUGGUGUGUAGGAGCAGAAAAAUGUGUCUUUCUUGGAGAUGGAUUCCAACAACUUACAAGAGAGCGUAUGAAGUAUUUGGAAACAAAGGAUGUCCAAACUCUCGUGGAGUAUUUAAAGAACAAAUAAGCGCAAGAUCCAUCAUUUUUUUAUGCUGUGAAACUUA